UUUCUUAUUUCAUAAAACAUGCACUUCAAUAUUUUUGUUUGAUUAUUUCCUAAAAUCAUAAUGUUUUAUAUUACUAUUCUCCUUAGGGUGUCCCUGUGCCAGGAAACCAAGGGAGAUGAGAGUUGUACAGUUAAGGAAAUUCAAAGGUUUCCGAAGAGUGUUUGUUAUUGUCAUUAUAUGUUUGGUUGCCUUGGCUACCAUGCGUAAAUUUUCUACAAGAAAUAUAACAGUUCAGAAAAAUCCGGUACCAUAUGGCAGGAACGAAAGGAAAAUCACAGUAGGGUUCCAUGGGAGAGCAGGUAAUCAGAUGUUCCAAUACGCUUCACUUAUAGGGAUUGCUAAAAUGAAUAACAUGACCCCGGUCUUACUGGAGAUAACAGAACUAUGGAAUAUGUUUGACUUGCCUAUAAGUACUGCAUAUAUGGAUAAAUCAGGGAAAUAUACAGAGGUAAAGGAGGAACAUACGGCCGUGUAUGCUCCAAAAUUCGAAAAUAUUAAAAGUACCACUGAUGUAUAUCUUAAUAGGUAUUUACAAUCUUGGAAGUAUUUUGAAAAUGUCAAGAUGGACUUGAAACAGCGACAUUACAAAAUAAAAAAUGCACUUUUAGAAGAGGCAUCGCCUUACGUUCAAGACAUAAAGAGAAAAGUUUCUAAAGAGGCAGUUUUCGUUGGUGUCCAUGUAAGACGUGGAGAUAUAGUGCACGAAAGAAAACCAGUAGGUCAUAUUCCUGCGCCAAUACCCUAUUUUUAUAGGGCGAUGAAUUAUUUCCGGAAACGAUAUUCUAACGUUGUUUUUGUCAUGAUUUCUAAUAGUAUGAUGUGGUGUCAAGAUCAUUUAGACGAUUCUUCAAAUGUAUACCAUGUUGAGACUGGCGACCCUUACAUAGAUUUUGCUAUUUUACAUAAAAUGGACCACCUUAUACUUUCGGUGGGAACAUUUGGCUGGUGGGCAGGAUAUUUGUCCCCUGGUACCGUCAUUUUCUAUAAAGGGUACCCUAAAGCAAAUACCACAAUGAGCAUCGAGAUGAAACAAACAGACUUUAUCCCACGUCACUGGGUCGGGCUUUGAUAAUUUCCAGAUAUAUAGGACAAAGCAAACAUAUCUUCAAAACCACGAAAAGAUACACAUUCCAAAUAACUACUAGUGUGGUUAUAAUAACUCGGACAACAUGACUUGUUCCGUAUGUUUGUGCUCAAUGUUUUAAGUCGCGCGAUGGAAAGACGAUUGUAAUAAACGAUGUAAAGUGGCAAACAUCGAAUAGGUUUGCGAGACAUCAGACUUGACCAAGGGAUGGACGGCUUUGCAAACUGUGGGUUGAACAUUAUAAUGCAUCAAACAAUUGGAAGGACAUGGUGAGAGACUACAAGAGCAAUUCCGUUCAAUAUUGACCGUCAUUCAAAAAAAAAUGUUGUGUUUUGCAUUCAUAAAAGCGUCUCAAUAUUUUCCAUAUACUAUAAGUGAUAAGGCAGUAAUCACGUUAAUUUCUUUCAUAAUAUCAGAGGUUAUGGACAAUGUGCACAUGCAGAAGAAUACUUGAUGAUUGGUUUCAAUAUAUAAUCUGUUAUAUUUUAAGAAUAUCCAGAAUGAUUUAAUUGUUCGUUACAGCAAGUGUGACGAAACACUGAAGUAUUUAUACUUGGUCAAUCCUUGUUCAGACAUCAGUGCAACAUCCUAUGAUUUGUAAAUACUUGUCUAUAAAGAUGGAUGCGUAACUUGAUAAUCAUAUAGGAAGAUGUGGUAUGAGUGCCAAUGAGAUUAGGCCUGUUUCUCAGAUACCACAAGCAGUAGAUGAACUAUAUUUUGUGUUUGGAAUGAUUGUAAGGGGUACAUGUAGGUCUGCCAGGUUUUCUUCUGACCUUAAUCUCAUAUUCAUGGUUCAUUGGUCAAUGUUACGUUUUUGUGGUUUUGUCAUUUAGGUAUUUAAAGCAAUUGGUCAAUUAUAUCUGGUGUAUGGAAGGAUUGUACAAUGUACAUGUCGGUCUAGCCAAUAUUAGAUGACAUUGACCUCAUUUUCAUGGUUAAAUAGUCAAUGUUGAGAUUUCGUUUUUUGUCAAAUUUUCAAAUCAUAAUAAUAGGUCAG